AUGGGAGACAUACCUCAACCAGAAACAAUUGUCCUUCCUCACUUAUUCAAGAGCCAACAAAAGCACAUUGCAGCCCCUCUUGGAUUAGAAGAAGCCUCAGUACAGGCAAGCAAACAAAAUAUUUUGAGGCUAAUCGAGUUGCAUAUCCCGUUUCUGCAAAAGUUCAUCGAGCACUUCCAACCGUUUGCUGACAUUCUUAACCUCUGCUCGGCUGACGUUGUUGCCGAAACGGAGCAGAGAGCUGCAGUUGGCAGUGUUGCAGAAACCUUCCGGCAGGCGGUCUUAGGCUACCAAGAGAGAAUAAAGCAAAUUGAAGAAGAUAUCCCUACUUCAGUAAUUGUUGGAGUAUUUUGUGUUGGCUGUGAAGACAUAAAGAGCAGCUUGAAAUCUACAGUUAGAAGCGUUUCACAGCUUCUCCUGGAUGUACUCGCAAAAUGCUUCCGAGACCAGUGCAAGCAGACUCUGGAAGAGUUUAAGCGGAUCUCAACAACUCUAAAGCAGCAGCCUACAGGAAUCGAAGAACUCACGGAAUUGAGGGAGUUUAUGGAUGAUACCCCAACAAAGCUCGAGGCUCUCGCCGUCGACAUUAAAGCAGUGCUGCAUAUUUUUGAUGUGCUAGAAUCCUUUAAAUACAGGCUCCUUGUGGAGGAUCACAACCUGCGUUGGAGGCUUUACGGCUCGCCAGCUGAGAUCCUUGAGCUGUCGAAUGAAGUUGCUUCAUCCCUGGUCAAAGAAAGAGCUCGCUUCCUUGAUGAUAUGCUAGUGCAGCAGUGCGAGUUCGCAGCUACGAUUGCCGACCUUGCUGAUGUUGUUGCCGGAUUUGCCAACUUCACGGAUAUGUCAAAACUAGCUGAGGUAUAUGACAGCGUCCUUGCCGUUGGGGAGAGGAUCGAAAUGAGCAUUCAACAGGCCAAAGUCUUCAACCACAGAGAGCGCCUUUUCGGUAGAGAUGUGACGGACUACACCUCGUUAACGAAGAUUCAAAAGACAGCCUAUCAGUGGAGCGUCACGCGGAACUCAAUUUACACGGCUUCUUUCGAAAGCCUAAGCGGUGCAGAUAUUGAGAAACAGGUGUACGGAGGGAUAAAAGCACUUAAACGGGUGGAGAAAAUACUGCAAGAACGCGGCCUUCCAGAGGUAUUCGCCAAAGCCUCGCAGGUCACGAACGAGCUUACCGAGUUCAAGCCACUUGUCCCUAUCAUUGUUUCUUUAAGAAAUGACGGAAUGCGCGAGCGACAUUGGAAUAAACUUUUCGAGCGCAUCGGCGAACCCCAGCUAGACGACAGUUCCAGUCUUACCCUAGGUGCCCUGUUGAACAAAGGCAUUGCAGAAUGCACGGACUUCGUAGUGGAACUGGGGGAGCUGGCGACUAAGGAAAGCUAUCUCGAGAAGGCCCUUCAAACGAUGAAAGCCGACUGGGAGCAUGUCAAGUUCGAUUUCCCUGAGACAUACAAGGACACGGAUACCUACAUCCUGAAAGGCACAGAAGAAAUUGUUGCAUUGCUUGACGAACAUAUUAUGACCACACAAGGACUGCAAUUCUCAAUUUACAAAAAGCCACUGGAGAAGGAGAUUGAUGAAUGGGCAACUCUCAUUAUGACGGCGUCCGAAACCCUUGACGAGUGGCUCAAGUGUCAGAGAGCCUGGUUAUACUUGCAACCCAUCUUCCACUCACCAGACAUACCCAAGCAACUUCCAGCGGAAACAAAGCGCUUUUUCACAGUGGAUACUGCCUGGAGGGUGCUGAUGCGACACACCUACGAGGAGCCUCUGGUCUUGACAGCCUGCUCAACGCCGGGUCUUCUGGACAAGCUCCGCGAGAACAAUAGACUACUAGAACGCGUGCAAAAAGAAUUGCAAUCAUAUCUAGAACUAAAGCGUAGCCAAUUCGCUCGAUUUUAUUUCCUUUCAAACGACGAACUUCUUGAGAUUUUGUCGGAGACGACGGACCCGCUGAAAGUUCAGCCAUUCCUAUGCAAGGUUUUUGAGAACAUGAAUGAGUUGGAGUUUUCUUCAGACCUUGUGGCCACUGCAAUGUUCUCUGCAGAAGGUGAAAGAAUGGAAUUUGUCAAAGGCCUCGUAACUGCAGGCAGAGGCGUUGAGACGUGGAUGCAAGACUUAGAGAAGAUAAUGAAGUUGUCUGUGAGAGAAUGCCUCCACAAAGCCAUACUUGACUAUCCUAUUUCGGAACGGACAGCAUGGUGUACGAAGCAUGCUGGACAGUGUGUCCUGAAUGGAAGCCAGGCACACUGGACAGCUUUAGUAGAAGAUGCGAUCCAAACUGGUCAACUUAAGAGCCUCAUGGAGAAGCAGACACAGCAACUCUUGGAUUUGGUUGCGCUCGUCCGUAAAGGGCUUAGCUCUAUGCAGAGCAUUACCAUCGGGGCGCUCAUUGUUAUAGAUGUCCACGCCAAAGACAUUGUCCAGCGCCUCUGGAAGGAAGAAGUAUCCAGUGUGGAGGCAUUUGAAUGGAUUGCCCAGCUGAGGUAUUACUGGAGAGAUGACAAUUGUUGGAUUCAGUGUGUUCAAACGGACUUCCCUUAUGGAUAUGAAUACCUGGGCAACACAUUCAGGCUUGUGAUAACUCCACUUACAGACAUGGCCUACAUGACGUUGCUCAGUGCUCAGCAGCUAAACCUGGGAGGAUCACUGGCAGGCCCUGCAGGAACUGGGAAAACUGAAACAACAAAGGACUUGGCCAAGGCCUUGGCGACGCAGUGUGUCGUUUUCAACUGCUCGGAAAUGAUGGACUUCAUAAUGAUCGCAAAAUUUUUCAAAGGAUUGGCUUCUUCCGGCGCCUGGUGCUGCUUCGAUGAAUUUAAUCGAAUCAACAUUGAAGUCUUGUCCGUUAUAGCACAGCAGCUUGUAGUGCUUUUCGGGGCAAAAGCUCAGCUGCAGGGUUACGGGACGACACUGGAGAUUGAUUUUGAAGAUUCGCGCAUACUUGUGGAGCCGACGUUUAAUGUGUUUAUUACCAUGAACCCUGGAUACGCCGGCAGGACGGAACUUCCUGACAAUCUAAAAUGUCUUUUCAGGCCUAUGGCCAUGAUGGUUCCAGAUUACUCGAUGAUCGCCGAAAUUAUGUUGUAUAGCUUUGGAUUCGACCAAGCCAGAGAACUAGCAACAAAGAUGGUGGCAACAUUCAAGCUGUCGUCAGAACAACUGUCUUCUCAAGAUCACUAUGAUUAUGGCAUGAGGGCAGUUCGGUCGGUUAUCAAUGCUGCCGGAGUCCUGAAGAGGAAAUACAGUACCAUGGAUGAGCAAAUGAUUCUCCUGCAGGCAUUAAGAGAUGUGAACGUUCCAAAGUUUCUGUCUCAUGACCUCCCGCUGUUUGAAAAUAUUAUUGCUGAUCUAUUUCCCGGUGUCGAAGUACCCCGUGCCGAUAACCAAGUUCUUCAAGAAGCGCUCUUGCGCCAAUCGGAGGUGCUAAAGCUACAGCCGGUGGAACCCUUUAUGAGAAAGGUGAUGCAGCUGUACGACACCGUUCAGGUCCGCCACGGCCUCAUGCUCGUAGGCCCAACAGGAGGAGGCAAAACAAGCAGUUACCGUUUGUUAUCCGCCGCCAUGAGCGACUUGUAUAAGAACCCAGGAUUUGCAAAGGUGCACGUGAACGUCCUGAAUCCGAAAUCAGUGACCAUUGGGCAGCUCUACGGAUGUUUCAACGAAACAACGCAUGAAUGGACAGAUGGCCUAGCUGCGGCACUCAUUCGUCAUGCCAUCCGUGACACCUCCUCCGACCAGCAUUGGAUUAUGUUUGACGGUCCUGUUGAUGCUUUGUGGAUUGAAAGCAUGAACUCUGUUUUGGACGACAACAAGAAACUGUGCCUGAAUUCAGGAGAAAUCAUUUCCCUCACGAACAGAACGGUUAUGAUGUUUGAGGUCGAAGACUUAUCCGUAGCCUCUCCUGCGACAGUCAGUCGUUGUGGAAUGGUAUAUAUGGAGCCAGAAGUCCUUGGGCUUUCGCCUCUAGUUGCCUCGUGGUUGAAGUCGCUCCCUCCGACGUUUAAAGAGACGCACAAGGCACUCAUUGAGAACCUUUCGAGCAGCAUUUUCCCAGGGGGAGUUGCAGUUCUUAGGAAACAGUGCAAGGAGGUUGUUUCAACGGUAAACACCAACCUUUGCACAUCGUGCCUGCGCAUGCUCGGCUCCAUCUGUUCUCGCUACCGUCCAAUAGACAAGCCAGCCGAUUCUGAAAAAGGCGAUGCCCUGUAUGGACGCCUCCCUGCGGCAUUCAUUUUUAGCUUCGUCUGGUCAUUCGGCAUUACUGCAGAUGGUUCCGGCAGAAAGAAAAUAGACGAUUGGCUACAAGGUCGCGUGCAAGAACUCGGACUUGAUAUUGGAAACUUGGGUGCUGGAUGCAGCCUCUACGAUUUCUGCUAUGACAUUAAUAGCCACCAAUGGACCCCUUGGGGGGAGACAGUUCCCUCAUUUGUCGUCCCAAAAGGCGCGUCCUACGAGAACAUAGUCGUUCCAACCUUAGAUUCUAUCCGCUUGGCCCACGCCAUUUCUACUCUGUUGCUUAACGGCCACAGCGUAAUUUGCCCAGGCCCAACUGGGACUGGUAAAACAGUCAAUUUGACUGAUCUUCUGUUGUUAACUUUGCCGGAAACCUACGAAACGCAUAUUAUGACGUUUUCGGCCCAUACAAGGGUCAAUCAGGUGCAGGACCUGCUGGAAGCAAAGUUGGAAAAGAGACGCAGGGGCGUUUUCGGCCCACCAGCUGGCAAAACAUGUAUAUUUUUCAUUGAUGAUCUAAACAUGCCGCGGAAGGAAGAGUUUGGAGCUCAGCCGCCUUUAGAACUCUUGCGGCAAUGGUUUGACCACAAAGGGUGGUAUGAUCGCAAAGGUUUGACAUUUCAAGAAGUUGUGGACGUGGGUAUGGUUGCGGCCAUGGGACCCCCAGGAGGCGGGCGCAACGAAAUAUCUGCUCGUUUGUUGAGGCACUAUUGUGUUCUAGCAUAUGACGAGCUUCAGCGGGCUUCAAUUGCAACAAUCUUCCAGACACUCAACAGGCAUUGCUUCCAGCAGUUUCCGCCCGAUAUUCAAGCUCUGACGGAUCCGUUGGUGUUCGCGACAAUUGACCUCUAUGCAGAAGUCACGAAGACAUUGCUUCCAACUCCAACGAAGUCCCAUUACACAUUUAACAUGCGCGAAAUUUGGAAGGUGUUCCAAGGACUUGCAUUUCUUUCUUCAAAAGUGGUGAAGGAACCGGCAGCGGUAAUCAGAUGCUGGGUACAUGAGACAUGCCGCGUUUUCUGCGACCGGCUCGUCGACGAUGACGACAGGAAUUGGUUCUACGAUCUCCUUCAACGGCAAGCCAAACAAACGUUUGGCAUCGAAUUCAGCGACGUUAAGGAGCUGUCGUCAAUGAUUUUUGCUGAUUUUGUUCAGCAGGGGUCAAAUAGGUACUACUCGGAGGUGUCUUCUGUGGAAAAGCUCAAGCAAGUCGUCGAAGAUUAUAUGCAAGAUUACAACAAUACGUUUGCAGUCCCCAUGCAGCUCGUAAUGUUCAGCUAUGGGAUGGCGGAAUGGAGAGAGGACCUGAAGAAGUGCUUUAUGAAAUCCGGAUUGGAGGACAAGCCACAAACUUUCCUCUUCUGUGAUUCGCAAAUUCUUGGAGAAUCCAUGUUAGAAGACAUUAACAGCGCGUUGAAUUAUGGAGACGCUCCAAAUAUCUACAAAAAAGAGGACAUGGAAGAAAUCAUGAAAGUUUGUAGGGUAUACUGUAAGCAGCUAGGUGUCUCCCCAACAAAGGGAAACGUCUUCAAUGCGUACGUUAAAAAAGUCAAGGCGAAUCUCCAUAUUAUUCUGGCUAUGAGCCCGUUGGGCAUACAGUUUCGCACUUGGCUCAGGAUGUUCCCUUCGCUGACCAACUGUUGCACCAUCAACUGGUUUUCCGAGGUACGGGAGCUCUGUGAUGAGCUAGCUAUGAUGAACUUGCUAAGGGCAUUACAGACAAUUUUUAUCCUUCCCGCAGAGGCCGAGCAAACCAGGUGGAUGAUUCGCACUAAACAAGUUGAAUUAGUGACCGUUCAAGAACGAUUUGAGAAGGGACUAAGAAAGCUGGAAGAAACAGCCAAGCAGGUGGCGGAAAUGCAGGCUCAACUUCAGGAACUCCAGCCCGUCCUCCAAGCUACCUCAGAGGAGGUGGAGAAAACAAUGACUCAAAUUCAACAAGACCAUGCAGUUGCAGAUGAGACAAAAAAAAUAGUAGCCCGAGAUGAAGCGGCCGCUUCGAAAAAGGCAACAGAAACUCAAGCUCUCAAGGACGAUGCGCAACGGGAUUUAGAUGAAGCACUUCCAGCUUUAGAGGAGGCUGUGGAAUGCGUUAAAAAGUUGAAGUCAGACCAUAUACGAGAGGUUAAAGCCUUAUCAAAGCCUCCUUCCGGUGUGAUUCUUACAAUGGAAGCAGUGUGCAUCAUGUUUGGGGUGCCUCCUGUAAAGAAACCUGAUCCAUCGAGACCAGGUUUGAAGAUUGAGGAUUACUGGGAAUCUGCUCAACACAAACUCCUGAAGGACCCAAAAAAACUCUUGGAAGACCUACUUAAGUAUGACAAGGAUAAUAUUCCGGAAACUAUAAUAGCAACUAUCGGUCCAUAUAUUGAAAGAACCGACUUUGACCCGACAGCCAUUCGGAAGGCAUCCGUUGCCUGCGAGGCCAUUUGCAUGUGGGUCCGAGCUAUGUAUAAAUACUACCAUGUUGCGAAGACUGUGGAGCCAAAGCGGGCAAAACUACAACAAGCAGAAGCCGAGUUGCUGUUAACCACACAGAACCUCAACAAGACAAAGGCCAGACUCAGAGAGGUGGAGGAAAAAAUAGAACGCCUUGCUGCCGAUUUUGCUCUUGCUGUCGAAAAAAAGGUGAUGGACCCCACUUUCACGAUGGCUCAUCAGCAAUCGCGCCUUCAAAGCAUUUUGGGGUCGUGUCACUUAUGGGUUCCACGUAGAGAGCAACUCACCAAGGAGAUUCAAAGCUGCCAGAAAAAAAUACAGAGGGCAGAGCCCCUUCUGCUAGGACUAGCCGACGAAAGGCACCGCUGGGGAGAGCAGGCCUGCCUCUCUAAGGAGCUCCACAGCUAUGUAUCCGGCCAUGCCCUCAUUAGUGCAGGAAUGUUAACGUAUGCUGGACCGUUUACAGCAGCAUAUCGUGGAGAACUGGAAACUCAGUGGUCGGACCUGCUUCGCCUGCACCAGCUGCCCUUCCAGCCAUCGUGUGGACUCAAACAGUUUCUCGGAGACCCUGUAACUAUUCGACAAUGGACCCUGUGGGGGCUACCAAAUGAUGAGUUAUCUAUUCAAAAUGGCAUAAUCAUGGACCGCGCGAGGCGCUGGCCCUUAAUGAUUGAUCCGCAAGGGCAGGCAAACCGUUUUAUUAAGCGAAAUGGCAAGGCCACUGAAACUGGCUUCGAAGUACUGAAGAUGUCUGAUACCACUUUCAUGAGAGAAAUUGAGCUUGCCCUUCAGCUGGGGAAAUGGGUCCUUAUUGAAAACGUCUCAGAGACUCUAGAUCCAGUACUCGACCCAAUACUUCUCCAGCAAAAGACGAAGAGUGGCUCGGGCUACACCAUUAGACUGGGAGAAAAAUCUAUCCCAUGGGGAGCCUCUUUUAAACUUUUUCUGACCACAAAACUCCCAAAUCCAAAGUUCCCAGUUGAUAUAUUUGUCAAGACAACGGUCAUUAAUUUUGCAAUCACCCCAGAAGGCUUGGAAGAUCAAAUGCUUGGGCUUGUAGUGACAAAGGAAGCACCCCAGCUCGAAGAGCGAAAAGCUGCUUUGGCACAGAGUAAUGCCGAUAUGCGGCGUGAGCUACAAGACUUGCAGGACAAAAUCCUCCAGGUCAUGUCGCAGUCGCAAGGGAACAUCUUGGAUGAUGAAGUUUUGUUGAAUACCCUAGCUGCAUCCAAGCAGACGUCUGAGGAAAUUCAAGAAAAGGUUCAGGAGGCGGAACUGACCGAGCGGGAGAUUGACGAAGCACGACUCUCUUGCUUUCUUAAGCUGCAGAGCAGCGACUACAGCCCACGUCGUCAUCAAGAGGGGCAAGCAUCUUUGUUUGUGUUUUCUAAGGCCCCCACGACUCCAAAUGUCGAGCAGCGAACUCAGUUGCUCGUGGACCACCUUUCCUAUUUGGUGUAUCAAAACGUGUCUAGAUCCCUCUUUGUGAGACACAAGCUACUGUUUGCGUUCUCUCUCAGCUUGCGAGUGCAAGCGAAGACUCCAGUGGAUCCUGCAGAGCUACGCUUCCUCUUGACGGGUACUGUAGCUGCCUCAGGCAACAAGCAAAAUCCCAUAUCCUGGCUCACAGAGAAGCAGUGGCAGGCAAUAUGCGAGCUUUCACAUCUACCUGCAUUCGAUGGGCUGGACGAAUCGCUGGAGCAAGAAGAAGAAGGUUUUCGACGGAUUUUUGAUUCGCUGGAAGCCGACCAGGAACCACUACCUGGCCGGUGGCAAGGCCUGAACUCAAUUCAGAAAAUGUGCAUCCUCCGGAUUCUCCGCAUGGAUUCCUUAACAGCUGCAGCAAGCAGCUAUGUGGCUUCGGAACUGGGGGCUCGUUUUCUAGACCCUCCGCCAUUUGACUUGGCCCAGUGCUACAAAGACUCCACCUCUCAAACGCCAUUAAUUUUCAUUCUAUCACAAGGCUCCGACCCCGUGUCUGAGCUCCAUAGCUUCGCAAGAGAGAUGAAGAUGAGCAGGCGGUUCGAAUCGAUUUCAUUAGGUGAAAAUAAAGCACCUACGCUCGUCUUCGGACAAGGCCAGGGGCCCAAAGCAGCGAAGCUUAUUGAAGAAGGAUGCAGUCGGGGAGGAUGGGUACUUCUGCAAAAUUGCCACCUUGCUUCUUCAUGGAUGAGUGAGCUUGAACGCAUAUGUGAGCAAUGGAAUCCCGAAGAAGUGCACCGGGACUUUAGGUUGUGGUUAACUUCCAUGCCAUCACCAUCGUUCCCAGUUUCCGUCUUACAGAACGGAGUGAAAAUGACUAAUGAACCCCCGAAGGGGCUCAAGGCAAACUUGCAGCGCCUCUAUGCGGGGAUUGACAACCGACAGCUCAACGCAACGCAGCAUCCUUCCCAUUUCAAGAAACUGUUUUUUGCCUUUUGCUUCUUUCACGCUAUAGUGCAAAAAGCAGAAAGUCCGGCUGUUGUCUUCUAUCAGGUUCUUCGCUUCCUCGGGGCUCGGAUUAACUAUGGUGGACGUGUCACUGAUGCAAACGAUAAGAGGCUCAUUGAUUUCAUCCUCCACACCUACUUGAACGAGAGGCUUAUUGAAGAGGGUGCAGCUUACAAGUUUUCAAACUCGGGAAUUUACUACUGCCCUGAUGAAGAGGACGUCGAAGGCUUCCAGAAAUAUAUUGCAUCACUGCCCGCAAAUGCUCAGCCAGAAGUAUUCGGCCUCCAUGAGAAUGCAAGCAUAAACUGUGCCCAGAUGGAGGGGAAGGUAUGCCCCCGAUUCGAGUGGGAGGAUUCUAUAAUGGUGCCUAAUCACGCAGUUGAUCCAAAGUUUUUUCUCCCUAUGAGUGACGGUCGUGUGCAUUGUCACACUUGCUUUUCGUGCACUUGUGGGGAACUUCCAUACAAUGGAUUGCUAACCGUCAUGAAUAAGACAAUAAAGGACCUACAGCUUGCAAUAAGGGGGAGAAUAGUGAUGACAGAGGAGUUGGAGAAGAUAUCAGCCGCUCUCUUCGAUAACCAGGUUCCGAAAGUGUGGUCCGAUAAAGGCUUCGUCUCAAUGAAGCCUCUAGGCUCGUGGCUUAAGGACUUAAUUGCGAGACUUGAUUUCCUUAACACUUGGGCGUUCUUAACAGGCGUGCUUCAAAAUUAUGCACGAAAAUACCGCGUCGCCGUCGAUAGGCUUUCGUUCGCGUAUACUGUCCUUAAGGCCACAGACGGAUCGACUGUAGUAGAAGCUCCAGAGGACGGAUGUUUCGUUCAUGGUAUUUUCUUGGAAGGAUGCCGAUGGGAUGGAGACAGAGGAACGCUGGGCAGUUUUGUAUGUCUGGUGAUAGCACGUGACAUUACAGUUCCAGCGGAAGCAAAGCAGGUGCCUAGUCGCAAGGGGACACUAUCCACAACAGGGCACUCGACAAACUACAUCACUAGCAUUGAGCUUCCUUGUUUUGACCCCCCUGACGUGCCUAUCAAAGCUGGGGUAGCUGCACUUCUUGCACUUCAAGAUUAA